GAUACAACAACAACUUAAACUUAUUGUAUUUUAAUUGUAUAGAUUUUCGUUGUUUUAAAGCAUGAUGCGUAGUCCAGACUCAAAUGGACCACUUCGCAGGUAUCUCCCACCGUAUGAAGAGCCGCCGCAAUGGAUUCCACCAGAAGAGCGGGACAGACAUCCAUCAUAUUGUUCAGACUUGGAAAGAUUUUUACCUAGAAACAUAAGCUUGCAAAGAUCAAAAACAUCAGAACAGCUUGGUUUCAAUAUCAGAGGAGGAAAAGAACACAACUGUGGAAUCUUUGUUUCAAAGGUCAUGCAGAAUAGUGAAGCAGAGAAGUUGGGAUUACAGGAAGGGGACCAGAUUUUGUCUGUCAACGACAACAACUUUGAGUAUAUUGAUCAUGGAGAGGCUGUGAAAAUUUUAAAAAGCAACACCUCAAUGUGGAUAACAGUGAGAUACUUCCCCUAUGGUUAUAACAGAACAUAUGACAAGAGUGGUCACAGUAACCAGGGCAGCCCUCAGCCUGCAAGAUAAUGUGUUGUGAUGAAGUGCAAAGGUCAACUCCAUAAAAGUUCUAGGGCAUCGUUUGAAUCUCCGCAGCAUUCCAUUAUCUGUGGAACAGAUUUUUAUGUCCCCCACUACAGUAGUGGGGGACAUAUUGUUUUUGCCCUGUCUGUUGGUCUGUUUGCGCAAACUUUAACAUUUUGCAAUAACUUUUGCUAUAUUGAAGAUAGCAACUUUAUAUUUGGCAUGCAUGUGUAUCUCAUGAAGCUGCACAUUUUGAGUGGUGAAAGGUCAAGGUCAUCCUUCAAGGUCAGAGGUCAAAUAUAUGUGUCCAAAAUCGCUCAUUUUAUGAAUACUCUUGCAAUAUUAAAGAUAGCAACUUGAUAUUUGGCAUGCAUGUGUAUUUUAUGGAGCUGCACAUUUUGAGUGGUGAAAGGUCAAGGUCAUCCUUCAAGGUCAGAGGUCAAAUAUAUGUGGCCCAAAUCGCUUAUUUUAUAAAUACUUUUGCAAUAUUGAAGAUAGCAACUUGAUAUUUGGCCUGCAUGUGCAUCUCAUGGAGCUGCACAUUUUGAGUGGUAAAAGGUCAAGGUCAUCCUUCAAGGUCAGAGGUCAAAUAUAUGUGGCCCAAAUCGCUUAUUUUAUGAAUACUUUUGCAAUAUUGAAGAUAGCAACUUGAUAUUUGACAUGCAUGUGUAUCUCAUGGAGCUGCACAUUUUGAGUGGUGAAAGGUCAAGGUCAUCCUUCACAAGGUCAAGGUCAUCCUUCAAGGUCAAACGUCAUAUAGGGGGACAUUGUGUUUCACAAACACAUCUUGUUUAUGUUUUGUUUUUUUUUAAAUGUAUAUUAUAAAUGUUAUUAUAAUACUUAACGGUUAAGGGCUUUUUCCAUAAUAAUAAAAAAAAAAAUAUUGGCAUGUCAGAUGCCAAAAUUAACAGUUAAACAUAACAUUACAAUGAUGUCAUUGAAAUAAUGUUCAUGACCAUAUAUUUGUACAGAGAUUAUUCAUUGGGAAAUUCUUGUGGUGUAUUUUUUGUCCCAAAUUGACAUAAACCAACAUUUAAAUCUAUACGUUUAAAUAACUAAAAAGAUGUGUUAACACGGGUAAUGUCUACUCUCAGCUUUUGUCUAUAUACCCAUUUUUGAACAAAUUUGUCUACUCAACUUGUUAGCAUUACAUAUUUGAUUAUGUACCUUAUUUCAGGAAUAGUUUGAUGUUAUAUGUUCUUAAAUAUGAAUAUCAUAUACAGAAAAGGUUCAAGUGCAGUGCUUUUUGUUGGGCUUUUUAUUAUACAUUGAAAUAUCAUUAUUAUGGCUCUGUUGGUCAUUGUCGGCUUGGGUACUUAUAACAUGUACACCGGGUACUGUUAAGUAUACUAAAUGUACCCCAGGCAAGUGAAAUGUACAAACACGUACCCGGCAAAUUUAGACUGCACCCGAGUUUUAUUUCCGCCCUAAAUCCGGUGUCGUAAAAUGCGCUUCGGGGUACAUAACAAAAUUUUUUUGAAACAAAAACUAAAUCAAAAUGCUUUUUUGAGCAGGUGUUAAUAUAGAGGAAGUUUUACAGAAUAUGACCAUACCAGUAAAUAUGAACAUAAUUAAUUUGGAAAAACAUAGCAGACAAUGACCAAUUUUGCGUUUAAAUUCCCAGGUACGUUUCAGUAUAUUUUUUGUAACCAGGGUAUAUUUAAGAGUACUUAAAGAGUACCUGGGGUACAUUAAAGUAGUACCCAAACCGACAAUGAUCAAUCAAGCAUAACUAUGGUGUUGUUAAUAACCAUUUAUACAGUUUUAUUACGCAGUUUGCAAUGUUUGGACUUGAUUUUGAAAUAAUUUUAGAGAACAACACAAUACGGUAGUUAUCAAAUUGUAAUAUUAUAUAUUUGUUUUCUUUCAUUAGCAUUCACAAAUACAUGUAUAACACUCAUUAUAAUAAGUAUUUGCAGGUAAAACUGUAGUUUUGUAAUUGUUUGAUGUUUUGUUUGAUAAUGACACUUUAAUAUAUAGGGCUAAUAUUUUGUACCUAUUGCAAGUGCCAUUUGUCUAUUAAUCAAAUUAAUUUUAAUAUUUUAGUACCAUUGAUAUUUAAGCACUUUUCAGUUUUGAUACUGCCUAUUUAGCAAAUGAAAUUAGACAUAUAAAUAAUCACAAUGCCAUCGUUUCAUGUUAUAUAUGUGCAUAAUGGUGAUAUGUGCAUUAAAAGUGCAAGUCAAAUGUAAACAAAUUGUUUUGAAACAUGUACACUGUGUGUACAUGUUUCAUUUUGUACAAAUGCAUACUAAUAAUAUAAUUGGUAUGUAUAAAAGCUAUAUUUUAAUUCUAACCUCAAUUUUGAAAUUAUUAUUUGUUUAUGUGUUAUAAAGGGCCUGUUCACAGUUGAAAAAAAAGGAAAUUUUCAAUUUUUAUUAUGCCCCCCUUUGAAGAAGAGGGGGUAUAUUGUUUUGCUCAUGUCGGUCGGUCCGUCCGUCGGUCCGUCCACCAGAUGGUUUCCGGAUGAUAACUCAAGAACACUUAGGCAUAGGAUCAUAUAACUUCAUACGUAGAUUGAUCAUGACUGGCAGAUGACCCCUAUUGAUUUUCAGGUCACUUGGUCAAAGGUCAAGGUCACAGUUUCUCGAAAUAGUAAAAUGGUUUCCAGAUGAAAACUCAAGAAUGCUUAGGCCUAUGAUCAUGAAACUUCAUAGGUACAUUGAUCAUGACUGGCAGAUGACCCCUAUUGAUUUUCAGGUCAAAGGUCAAGGUCACAGUGACUCUAAACAGUAAAAUGGUUUCCGGAUGAUAACUCAAGAAUGCUUACGCCUAGGAUCAUAAAACUUCAUAGGUACAUUGAUCAUGACUGGCAGAUGACCCCUAUUGAUUUUCAGGUCACUAGGUCAAAGGUCAAGGUCACAGUGACUCUAAGUAGUAAAAUGGUUUCCGGAUGAUAACUCAGGAAUGCUUACGCCUAGGAUCAUGAAACUUUAUAGGAACAUUGAUCAUGACUGGCAGAUGACCCCUAUUGAUUUUCAGGUCACUAGGUCAAAGGUCAAGGUCACAGUGACUCGAAAAAGUAAAAUGGUUUCAGGAUGAUAAUUCAAGAAUGCUUACGCCUAGGAUCAUGAAAAUUCAUAGAUAUCAUCACUGGCAGAUGACCCCUAUUAAUUUUCAGGUCACUAGGUCAAUGUCACAGUGACUCGAAACAGUAAAAUGGUUUCCUGAUGAUAACUCAAGAAUAAUUAGGCCUACGAUCAUGAAACUUCAUAGGUACAUUGAUCAUGACUGGCAGAUGACACCUAUUGAUUUUCAAGUCACUAGGUCCAAGGUCAAGGUCAGUGACAAAAAACUUAUUCACACAAUGGCUGCUAGCACAUCUGACAGUCCAUAUGGGGGGGGGGGGGCAUGCAUGUUUUACAAACAGCCCUUGUUCACACUUGAAAGAAGGUGGCAUAGCAAUCCCAGUCUGUCUUGUUGUUAUUAUUAGGAAUGUUUCCCAUCUGUUUCCAACACUUUGCCAUAUAUUUAUGAAUGUUGAAGAUAACUUGCCACAAAUGUUGCACCAUCUAAAAGCAACACCCUUAUAAAACCCUGAAAUAUUUUACAAUUUAAGUUAGUGAUUUGGACAAGGUAUCACUAACAAAGUGUUUACAAUACGCAUACUGUUAUAAAAUUCAAUGGCCAGAACAUUUUGAUCUCACAGGGCCCUGGUUUGAAACAAGACAUAUGAGUCGCCUUCUGAGAAAACUGGGCAUAAUGCAUGUGCGUAAAGUGCUGUCCCAGAUUAGCAUGUGCAGUCUGCACAGGCUAAUCAGGGACGACACUUUCCGCUUUUAUGGUAUUUUUAGUUUCAAGGAAGUCCCUCCUUACCAAAAACCCAUUUUAGGCGGAAAGUGUUGUCCCUGAUUAGCCUGUGCGGACUGCACAGGCUAAUCUGGGACAACACUUCACACACAUGCAUUAUGGCCAGUUUUCACAGAACAAGACAUAUUAUUUUUUAUUUCUUUUUGUAUUUGUAUUAAUUAUUUUUUAUUAAUCCAAAUAUCUUAAAAUUUUAAGUAAAUACAUGUAACAACAUUUUUUUAAUCCAAACAUCUGUGAACAAGUGUCUUAAUUAUGAAUUUUGUAUUAUUGUUAAGUAUUCUUAAAUAUAUUUAUAUUUUAUGCAUGUAGUUUUACUUUAUUGGUAACAAGGGGUAAUAUUAUUUGUUGAAUUAAUUUAAAUGUAACAAUAGGGUACACACAUAUACGACGAGUUAAAUAUAUUGUAUAUAUCCUAACAAAAUCAUGCUGUUUAUACACAAAAUGAUGAAAUGUAUACCAUACAAAUAUUUUCCACGCAUUAAAUUAAUAAAAUUGUAUAAAAUA